ACUAGGGCUGAACUUAAGCCUCAACCCUCAGUCAGGUCCAUAAGCCUAUUCAUUCCACAAGAAACAACCUUUCACUGUCACACACACACACAAUGGUGGUGACGAAGCUGUGUAUGACAGCACGCACCCACUUCUUAUCUCUUCCUCAACUCUGUCGCUCUCCUCUCACUCUCGGUGGUAACAGACAUCUGCUCCUUCAACGCCGCUUCAAACAACUACACUCUUCUUCAUCACCACCGCCCAUCUCUCCCAUCAAAAUGUCAACGCAAAUCAUCGAACACAUCGUCCUCUUCAAGGUCAAACCCGACACUGACCCAUCAAAGAUCGACUCCAUGAUCACCGGACUCAACUCUCUCAUCUCCCUCCAUCAAGUCCUCCACCUCACCGCCGGUCCACUCCUCCGCACCCAAUCCUCUCCCUUCCCCUUCACUCACUUGCUUCACAGCCGAUACAACUCCAAGGACGACCUCACCGCCUAUUCCGAUCACCCCAGCCACCUCACCGUUGUUACCGACUUCGUCAAGCCGAUCUGCGAUGACAUCAUGGCCGUCGAUUGGGUCGCCGACUCUUCCACCCCUCGGCUUCCCUCCGGUUCGGCCAUGAGAGUGACGUUCCUCAAGUUGAAGGAGGGUUUGGUGGAUACUGAGAAGAAGAGAGAGAUUUUGGGUGUGAUUGGAGGAAUCAAAGAUAUUUUUCCAUCGAUUGAUCAGAUUUGUUUUGGGGAAAACUUCUCUCCUGCUAGGGCCAAGGGGUUUUCGAUUGCUUCCAUUGCGAUUUUGCCCGGAUUGAGUGAAUUGGAGGCUUUGGAUUCGAAUUCGGAGUUGGUUAAUUUGCAGAAAGACAAGGUUAGGGAUUUGCUCGAUAGCGUCAUCGUUUUGGAUUAUGUGAUUCCGAAGCCGCAAAAUGCAAGCCUUUGAAAGGUUCAAUUCUGUCUCUCUUGCUGAAAUUUGUUGUUAUGAAUUCAGACUAUAACCUGUUUUCGAGCACAGUGUUUGAUGCUUGUGUAAUGGACCGUAUUUGAAUCGUUAAAUGCAGCAGCUUGCUAGCGCACUUAUUUUGACUA